UCUGUGUAAAAAGAGCAGACAAUGCAACGCGUAAACAGUAGCAAAAUCUUCACAACUUCACGUUUCUUCAAAUUCCAAAAUCCACGAUGAUAGAAUUAGAAGUUUCAAAUACAAAUAUACAGCAUAUGGAUAAUUUGCAGAAAAUGAGACCACCAAGUGUGAUUGACAGAUACUUUAAAAAACGUUUUAAAACAGGUCAUCUAAAAUAUAAAACCAGUCUAAGUAAUACUAAUAGUAAUAGACUAAACUAAUUACUAAUAGGCUUAAUAGGCUAAUUGAAAUUGACAAUGUGACAAUGUAUUCUUGUCUUAAACUUAAGUCUUAAGUCUACUUGUUGAGUUUAGUACUGAGUUUAGUCAUAAUUUUAAGUAUAAGUUAAAUAAGUUAAACAUGAAAAGUUCAGAAAAGUGGGGGUGGGGAGGGGUUACAAAAGCUUAGAAGUGGGAUGGCAUGACAGGUUGCUGUAAUUUAAUAUGAAGGACCUCUUCACAUCCACAUCAGCCUUCAGCAGAGCAACAAAAUGGGAUGACAUGAAAUUGUAUAAUAUUUUAUUUUUAUCCUUCUUUACUCAUUACUGUUGCUUUUUGUACAGGGGAGGCAUCACAAGGUAUGGGCAAUUAGUUACUAAUGGCAUUGGGAAAGAUACAAAGAAUCUAAAGUAUCUUGAUGUGUAGCUUAUGGGUCAAUGUGAAAAGUCCAUGCCGUCACCAUCACAACCAAGUCAGAUGAAAUAGAUACGGGAGCACACUCAAGCACCCUCAGUUAACAACUGCCCUCUGUAGGCUGUAGGAUGAUAAUAAUAUGUCAGGAAAGUCUUUGACGUUGUGUCAGAGUUAUUGAGACUGGUCUACUAAAGGUGUUAGAAAUAAAUACUGGGCAGUGUGAACCAUUUUUUUAUGGGACAGUUUUAUUUAAUCAGGUAGUCUAGUCAGGUAUGAGAGAGUGUGUGUCCAUCUUGUAUAUUGUUGUGACCAACCUGUUUUGUUGUGACCUUGGGGAUAUGUACCUGGUUAUUUAUAUUAUAUGUAAGUAUAUAAUGUCAGACAAAGUCCUGUAGUGAAAUAGCUCACCAUGAAGAUUAUACUAUUAAUAAUUUAAGUCAAAUUUUAUUCUAUGAUUAUGAAAUUCAAGAAAUGUUUACAUGUUUCUUAAAUUCCUUACAUACACUUCAUAGAGCAAGUACUGUGUUGGUUAGACUUAAGUUGGCAUUUUUAGAAGAAAAAAAAGUACAUGGUAAACCUAUGUCUGAUAAAUAAGCAUUCAAAGUUGUGCUACUACUAAGAAAAUUGAAAGGUAAAUAUUAUUUAGCUUGUUUUAUUUUCAUUUCAGACGUUCAAAAUAAAACUGGAGAAGAUCAGUUAAUAUUAACACAUUCUAAUAGGUAGGCCUAUGUAUUGACUGUCUUUUGAAGAAUAACAAAAUGAAUAUUAAACGUAAUAUCUUACAUUUAUAAGUCUUUAAAAAAGAUAAACACUCUAUAAAAGGGUUCUUUUAUUUAAACCAAACCAUCUUAAUUCUAUGCAUUUUGUUUCAGAGUUUGUGUUGUUUGCAUUGCUGACUCCCAUCCCUUGAUAAGAGAAGGCAAGAUAGCAACAAAAGUAAGCUUUGAAGAUAAAGGAUGGAACAGACUGGACAACAAGUUUUCUGGAAAGUCAAAAAGAGUAUGCAAACAAAAUAAAUCUGUAAUUAAUUUUAGUUAGGUCUAUUAAAUGUAUAUUAUUUAAUAAACAACCUCAUUUUGCCAUAAAUGCAUUAUAUUUUAUACUAGGUAUAGCCCGCCAAACAUUGGCGGUAGCAAUGCAUGAACUUCCUAUCUACUUAAGUUACUUGACAAAAACGUGAACUCAAGCUACGCACAUUUAAGAAUGCCAAGUUGCUACACCCCUAUCCCCCCUCCCCCCCCUGCCUUUCAUGAUACGUCACGGCACACUUUUUAUUUCACGCCGGAUUAGCAGACGCCGUGAGCUGGCUGGCCAGCGAAGGUUGAUCUAUAUAUAGCCUGCUUGGUGGUCGUUUUGUUGUUUGCCCUAGUUUCUGGCGAAUUAUAUAUAUAGAUUAUUCAACCAAAUCCACAAAUUAUUUUCUGACUAGGGGGCUCAGUGGUUGGACAGUCAAGCUCCAUUGUGUCAAGUAACUUGCAGUGAUGGAAGCUUGUAUACACUAGUCUGCUGCAUCAAGGGCCAGUUAAUAGAAGUGAAUGAGAGGCUUUUACAGAAACCCCAUCUGAUCACAGAGAAAGUAUGUAUCAUGGUUAACUCUUUAUUAUUUUUAUGUAUUGCUUUAAUGUGCUUUCCUUACCUUAUUAACAUUAACACCCAUUUUUAGACAUUAAAAAACCGCUGGUAAUUAAUUAUGAAAAGUUAUGUAGAAAGUGGUGCAAAUGGUAACUUUUAUGUUAAAUCAGACAACUUCAAUCAAGAUUAUUUUUCUAAUAUAAUUUGUGAAAAAAGGGGAUGAGAAUGUAAAAAGUUGAAAUCAUACACUGAAAUUCUUGUUGGCACUGAUGAGGUAGGCUGCUUGUUGUGUAUACAAUUUAAUUGAGGGAAAUGAUGCUUAUAUUUAAUAAUGAAAAUAAUCAAAAUCAAUUUUGCGCUCAAUUUUGAAACAAACUUUUUGUACAAAACUGAUUAUCUUACUUACAUACUUAAAUAUUGAAAUAAAAUAAACACCAGCAUGCUCAGAAAAGGAUAAAGUAACAACGGUAUAUCAAAUUAAUUGUUCUGUGGGUUUGGGAGGCAAGAUUGACAUUUGAAAAUGGAAAGGGAAAGAAGAAAAGUUUGAAAAGUAUUCCAAAAGGGCUGACAGCUAAAAUGUGUUAAUAACUCUGUACAGUGUAAUUGUGGACCAUCUGACACUGUUGUAAGAGAGUUUUCAUUUUCACUUCCCAAAUGUAAAAUUCACAAUUAUGAUUGAAUGAGAAAUCAAUUUCUUUCAACCUGGGUUGGAAAGCUAAAGUGGGUUGACUACAAGACAGUUAUUUGGGAAUACCUGGGGUAGAAACAUAAAGGGGAUGGACUCUGAGACAGUUUGUUCGGGAAUACUUGGGUUUGAAAGCUAAAGUGGUUAGAUUCUGACAUAUGGAAAUACGUCGAGUAGAAAGACUUAAGGGUGUGGAUAGAAUAGCCGGUAUUUUUAGAAUCAUUAAGCACUUGAAAGAAAUUAAUUUCUAAAUAGCUAAGAUUAUUUAGAUUUUUAAAAAAUUCUUUCUAUUUGAAAACCUUUUCCAAGGAUGAUUUGGGACAAAGAUGAGUUUUAAAAUAUGUGUCGUUAUAUUCGAUUUAAUUAAUGCUUUGUAUUGAUAGAAGCUAAAAAAAUAUUGGUAAAUGUUAUUAUUAUUUGUUUAUCUCUUGUAAACUGAACUUCAUUUGACUAAUAUUUCCUACUUUCUAUCACUCAGCCAUGUGGUGAAGGCUACCUUGGUGUCUUACUUCCAGGUUUGAAGUGGUAUGAGCGGGAAAUGCAGAAGCUCAAAUCUGAGGAAGAAUACCAGUCCAUAUUGGAAAGCAGAGAAAAUAAUCUUACAUGAAAUUUUCUUUGUAUUAUAAAAAAAAUGUUUGAAAGAAUGUACAGAUCUAAUAAAGUGUAACUUGAACCACCACACUGAACUGAGUUAUUUACUUGCUCCCCCAGAUGCGGCUAAAUGUGUCCUUGUGGGGUCCCUCCCGGAUGCGUCUAAAUGCGCCUGGUCACACCCCCUACUUUUAAUUUCAAUCUUAUAAUGAAAUCACGCAUCCCCAUGAGGCCCUUUCUCGAUCACAUUAGGCAC